GUUAUAUAGAUUAAGGAUCUCAAGUUUUUGUAUAUCACAUUUUUUGUGUUAUUUCUGAUUUUACUAGCUGUUGAACAAGCCUUGAUAAAUUUGCAAACAGUCAGUUAAUUUACUCUCGCGACCGUAAUUUUGAUAAAAUGAAUAAUCAAGCAAAAGACGCUGGAGAAAAGUUAGAUUUAUGCGUGUUCUACAACUUAAAAACAGGAUGCUCCCAAAAAUAUGAUUGCCUCAGUCUGCAUUUUUGUCAUAUUUGGCUUUUCGCAGAAUGCUUUCUCGGAUCCCUUUGCGAUAGAUCACAUAAUUUAGAAGAUGAAAAAAUCAAGCUGCGGAAACAUGGUUUUCAUCCAAAGAAUCGUUCUGAACUUCAGAAAAUCCUCGAAAAGUCAGAUGCUGUUGGAGCGAUCUUAAAGCUGCUCGAGCGAUCUUCGAGCAAUCCUCAAAUGAUGUCAUCUUCAAGCAAUCGUAAUCCAGAAAUUUGUCUUGCUUACAAUCUUCCCAAAGGGUGCACAUCGGAUUUAGUAUGUUCUUAUUUACAUAUAUGCAAACCAUUCACAUUGAUGUCAUGCAAGCGCGAAGAUAAUUGUCCUUAUGAGCACAGUUUGUCUGAUAUAGAUAAAAUGAAAAUUCGGAGACAUAGAUGUCUGAUUGACUCAAAGGAGCGUCGCGUGCUAAGAGAUCUAACACAGGCGGUCGAGAAUGAUGCGAACGUCGGACAUUCAUACCAACAGAAGAACCCCACCGCGAAAAAUUUAAACGAAGCGUUCCAGAAGGACGCUAGUGUCGAACAAUCAUACCAACAGAAGAAACCCACUUUAAAUGAUUCAACACAGGCAUUCCAGAAUGACGCGAGCGUCGGACAGUCAUACCAAAAGAACUCCGCUUCACAUGAUUCAACACAGGCAUUCCAGAAUGACGCGAGUGUCGGGCAGUCACAACAAAAGAACUCCGCUUCACAUGAUUCAACACAGGCAUUCCAGAAGGAAGCGAGUGUCGGACAGUCAUACCAAAAGAACUCCGCUUCACAUGAUUCAACACAGGCAUUCCAGAAUGACGCGAGUGUCGGACAGUCAUACCAACAGAACUCCACUUCACAUGAUUCAACAGAAGCGUUCCAGAAUGACGCGAGUGUGGGACAGUCAUGCCAACAGAAGAACUCCACUUCACAUGAUUCAACAGAGGCGUUCCAGAAUGACGCGAGUGUCGGACAGUCAUACCAACAGAACUCCACUUCACAUGAUUCAACACAGACGUUCCACAAUCACGCGAAUCUCGGAGGGUCAUACCAACAGAAGAAUCUGGCUUCGAAUGAUUUAACACCAGCGCUCCAGAAUGACGCUAGUGCCGGACAGUCAUAUCAAAAGAACUCCACUUCACAUGAUUCAACACAGGCGUUCCAGAAUGGCGCGCGUGUGGGACAUGAUUUGCCCGAAGUUUGCAGAUUUUAUAACAAACACUUCGGAUGUAAGAACAAAAAUAAUUGCCCCUAUGUUCAUCUGUGCAAGGACUGGGCUACUUCGAGUUGUGAAAAUGGUUCAACAUGUCUCUUACGACAUAGCUUGUGGGCAAAAGAUGUUGACAUUCUCGAAUUCAGAGGUCUCACCGGAACUGCUGAAGAGCUUGCAGAUGCAUACCGCAUACGAGCAACGAUAAAAAAUCAGGUUACAAGUCAGAAAUCCGUGAAGUUUGAAGCACCCAGCGUUACAACGUCUUGCUCAGAAAGGCAAACAAUCAGUGAAAAAACAGCUGCAGUUCCUGAGAGCAUCGAUGAUAUUUGCAUUUAUUACCUUCGGAACACAUGUUGCUUUGGGGACAAAUGUUUGAGAAUUCACCCUGUCGGGAAAUCAAGUUUUUGUUGGAGAUACAAAAUGAAAAAUGAUGAGAAAUGGCUUUAUUUUAGGCCAAAGUCUAACAAAAUCCUGGAAGAGUUUUACUUGGAUCCUAGCGCAAAAACGGUGGAGGUCGAAUCAAUUUGGAUGCAGUUCCAAUUCAAACUAAACGUUGACUUUGAUACAAUGACAGCUGUUGAUGAUAAUUUUGUCCAGAUAUCUAGAUUAGCAGUGGAAAAAGACUGGACGUGGUACCUGGAGACUGAACCCGAAUCAAACAAAUGGGCCAAAUUCGGUGCUCAGUAUAAUAAAAUCUAUGUUACCUCUAUAAGUUCGGCCGAUAUUGAAGAAAAAUAUCAACAGCUGACCACUAUUUCGGAAAGGGUGAUAUCCUUUUUCAUUUAUUGUGCGGAAGAGAAUUGCAGUAAAUCGUGGAAUUGUAUGCUAAAUGUUGGCCAGAAUGGCAACGGAGUGGCGCAGGGAAUAGCCUGGAAUUUGACAGAUGGAAGUAUGAUAAACGUUUGUCGCAGGCCUCGAGAUAACGUCCAAGAAAUGGAAAAAGCCAUCGAUCAAGGUUUGUUUGGGUCUAAAUUGACUGAAAAAUGGAGAACUGGCGGGUUCCAGAAGUUUAAACUGAAACCAAACAGAUAUAUCAACUUCAAUGACUCUAUAGACGCUUACUUCCGAUACGCCGAAAGUCACUUUUUGCGCCUAGCUCAGUUAUGUGGGUUGCGUGCAACUGUUGAUUACGUGGACAUGUUCAUUAAUCCAGAACUGGAGUCGAAAUUUGAGGCGAGGCGAAAACAUCUGGGGCUUAGCAGAGGAAAAGAGUUCACUCGAGAGAUUCUAGUGCUACACGGGACCCCAUUGGAGGAUCCAGAGCCAAUAAUGAAACACAACUUCUCUCUGGAAAAAGUGAAGAGAUAUCGGUAUGGAUUUGGGAUUUACUUCUCUGAGCAUGCGGAUUUGUCCAUUCAUUUUACAGGAGGUCAUAAGGGAAGCUUGAUCAUGUCGAGAGUUUUGUGUGGGGUGCAAAAGGACGCGAAACAGUGUCCUGUUAUGACAAGCCAGAUCAGACAAAUUUGUAACGACCAUGACGCACAUACGGUCGACCAGGAAGCAGGGAGAUAUGCGAGGAUAACAAUCAUCCAAAACGUGGACCAAAUACUACCCGUGUUUGUCGUUCACUGGAAAUAUACCUAAUAGAAUAACUGCAAAUGAUUUUAAAUAGUUCUAAGUUCAUAUUUAUCGAAUUCUAUUAAUUGGCUGAAUCCAUUAACUUUUUUAAUAGAUUGGGAGUAAGUCAAAAAUAAA